AUGACCAAUCCUGGGGAUAUUUACGGAACGAUGGCUACGUCUGCUGAUGUGGAUGAUAUUUCCACGAGGAAUGAUGGCAAUUGCAACAUCCCCAUCCUCUACCUGGGCCAGCAUGAUUCCAUCCGACAGCAGCCUCUUGGUGAUCUUGCCUACGGGCAUCUGUUGAACCUUGGUUUCACCUUUGUCACUGCCCCCAUCACCAAUGGAAACUACCACAAUAGGGUGCUAGACUUGGCGAAGGAUCACCUUGCCAGUAUAGAGCAGCAGGGAGUCUCCGUAAACACCACCCACACCCCUUCCAUCCCGGAUCCAGUCGUCCCGCCCAUUACCGCGGAGGACACCGGUCUCUACCCUACGCUGUCAUCCAAGAGCUACACAGCUUAUUGUAGCCCGUGGAUCGAUAUCUGUUCCCCCAGCCCCGUCAUCUCCAGCAUUUCCCGGCAGGUCCUGAACCAAGAGGUCAACUAUGCCAACUUUUGCGGCGUGAGGACGGUUAUCAUUCCCGGGCCGAGGCAGGAUGCCACUACCCCCGUCAGUAGCGACGGACUGGCAAGGUAUUCCCGGGCUAUCAAGGAAGCCUUGAACGUUGCGCCAAGGCUCAACUUUGUUAUCCAUAUUCCCAUGUAUCGGGAGCCAGGAUUGGAGGAGAAUAUAAGCAGCUUGACUGCUACUCUUUCUCGCACCUUCAAGCUUGGAACCGAAGACUCUUCGAAGGCUGGGCCCAUUGAUCUGUUCAGCGCUUGGGAUAGUUGGGACCAGAUUCGGAGCUUUUGCGAGUACAGCCUUAGGUUAUUCGUAGGCAUCCGCUUGCCCAAGAUUCUCCCCGAGAGAGCCCUGCAAACACGCUGGUUCGCUGAGCCGGUGCAUCUCAUUUCAAUCAGCAAGGAUUCCUUCCAGCUUAAUAAGAGCAAGUUCCCUUGCUUGAGCAGAGACCACCAGGAUCUCAUCCACGAGUUUUACACACUCAAGAAUACCCCCUGGGUGAUGUUGUGCGAUGUGGGACCUGACGCUGCCACACUGGCGAAGGCAUCGAUAACGGAUGGAGAGUUCGAUUUGAAGGUGCCGGGCGAGGCGGAUUUCCCGAGUCUUUCUGAGGCCCACAGCUCGCGGUCCGUCAAGACCGGUGGUUCGAAACCUGCGGUAAGCGAUUACGUUAAGUACAUGAGGUGGAUCGAGGGAACGCAGGAGCCGCUCUCGGAUCUCGAGUAUAAUACCCUCUCGAGCUUCCAAGAUUGGCUACAAUCUCCCCUCCAGCCGCUCUCCGAUAAUCUCGAGUCCGCUACCUACGAGGUCUUCGAGGGCGACCCAGUCAAGUAUAAUCAGUACGAGGCGGCCACAAUGGAGGCCCUUCGCUGGUGGAAGAAAACCAACCGUAAAACGUCUUCUGCCUCCGGCGCAGUCGUCGUUGCGGUAGCCGGUUCUGGCCGUGGGCCUCUCGUUGACCGAGCGCUCAAGGCCAGUCGAGCCACCGGCGUUCCCGUGGAAGUCUGGGCUAUUGAGAAAAACCCCAACGCCUACGUAUACCUUCUUCGGCGAAACGUCCUCGAGUGGAGUGGAAAAGUAACCGUUGUCAGAACCGACAUGCGGAGCUGGAAAGGCCCCCUCCUGAGCAAGCUGGAUGAAGCUCCUGAGAAGUAUGGGCAGGUUGAUAUUUUAAUCUCGGAGCUCCUUGGCUCCUUUGCCGACAACGAGCUGUCGCCAGAAUGCCUCGAUGGUAUCCAGCACGUCCUCGCCCCGGAUGCUAUCUCGAUUCCCAGCUCUUACACCGCCCACCUGAGCCCCAUCGCCACCCCUCGUAUUUAUUCUGACCUCCUCAGUCGCGCCACAGCCGAUAAGACGACAUUCGACACCCCUUGGGUCGUUCGUCUGUUCCAGAUUGACUUUGCCGCGGUGCGCGGAGUCCCUGGCCACCCUCUAUUCCAGGAGAUGUGGGAGUUUAGCCACCCCAUGCCAAAGGCCACUUGGGACCAGAUGAUAGCUAGGGGAAAGAGCGGCCUUAUUGGCGGCGUAGGCGGAAGCAUGGAGGGAUCUGUCGGUGCUAAUGAGCACAACGCUAGGUUCAGCCGCGUCAAGUUUGUAUGUCUGAACAGAGGGGUGAUUCAUGGUCUCGCCGGAUACUUUGAGUCGACCUUGUUUGAAUGUAAAGAUGGAGAUGAUAAGGUCAAGGUUGAGAUUAGCACGCAUCCCGAAAGGAUCGACCAGAAGAGCAAGGAUAUGAUUUCGUGGUUCCCCAUCUUCUUCCCUCUCAAGCGGCCCCUCCACUAUCCCGAUGAUUCGGAAAUCGAGGUUAGCAUGUGGCGCCAGACUGACGACAAGAGCGUCUGGUACGAAUGGAUGGUGGAGGCUUAUUGUUGGACUGGGCAGAAUAAGCGAUUGAAGCUAGACUCAUCCGAUCUUUGCAGUAGCCGUAGCGUGGCUUGCAAGAUGCUCUGA